GCGUUGUGUGCAAUCGAUCACUGCUCUAUUACCUGUGCAUGAAUUAGGAUCAAUUGAACACGAAGUAGGACAUAUUGCUUACCUUUAAGGAUUAGGGACAAAACAUUGGACCAUUUUUAAUCAAAAUGGCGGAGUUUCGUUUAUUGUUUUUAAUCGUCUGCUCGAUUUGUUGUGUUUAUGUCCAAGCGGGCGCCAAGAUGGAUUAUUUAAACCAAACCCCUAUCUACUCUAAAUACGCCAAGUUGAUUACUGACCUUGGUAAAGUAAACGACCUUGAAGCUUUGACUAUCAAGACUGUGCUUGCUCCAACGAACGAUGCAGUCACAGCUGCAGAGGCUGCUGGUGUCUUUACUGGGGAUAAAACAGAGCAGGGGCUAUGCAUCACGACGCACUUCCUUCUGGGAAAUGCAUUUACUGAUGCUGUCUUGACGCAGGAUUUGGCUUUGACACCUCCUAUGCUUGUGAUGGCUGAGCCGAGACGUGGCGGAAAAGUCUACUUCCAUCAACACAAUGGCAGUUUCUACGUUGAAAAUGUGAAAUUGGUCGGACCCGAACAUCCAAUCGACGGGAGGACCAUAGUUCGAAGAAUCGACAAAAUGUUGUGCCCGUACACCACGGUUAACUUGUUCCGAUUAAACUCAGCUGAUCAAUCUUAUCUCAAGUCUAAAGGAGCGACAUAUUUCAACAAGCUGUUCCGAGCAUUUGCCACAAACAAACCUAAUUCUAAAAUGCUCUCCUUGGUGACCUCAACUCAAGGAGGAACCUUUUUUGUACCUCUUGAUAAGAAUAUAGUGGAAAAUGAUCAAAAUGUGAUUGAAUCCCUGGAUGCGAUCAUUGUGGAAAUGGGGAAGCCAGAAAACGUGGAUAAAUUGGAAAAGAUACUUGAGUCCCACAUUAUAAUGAACAAAUUCUUAACAGCUGGAUUUUUGGAAAAUGGCAGGGAAUACCCGACCUACCAUGUCGGGAAACCCAUCACGGUCAACAUAACGCCAGCCGAUGACUCUCAUGCAGAAAUUAUGACAGUGACGUCAGGUGCUAGCUCCGCUGAAAUCUUACUGCCCGACCAGCUGAUUGGUAAUGGUCUUGUCCACGGUAUCUCAGACUUCCUCAAUCUGUUGUACAAGAACAACUUCGCAGAGAUAAUGACAAACCCUCAUACUCAGACAUUCAAGACACUCAUCCCAUAUGCUGAAGAUAGCAUCAAGACCACACUUAAAAACGCAAACCAGAACUACACCAUUUUUGCAGUUGACAACCUCGGAUUAGAUAACAACGACAGAGUCAUUGCUCUGCAGUCUAAUAAACCAAAAAUGACCAAGGCUUUGCAAAUGGCGAUCGUGCCCGGGAAGGUUUUGACCUUUGAAACACUUAAGACAAUGAACGGAAAGAAUAUUACCACGGAGAAUGGGGAUGUUCAGGUCAAAGUUGAAAAUGGCGAAGUCAUGAUCAUUGGUGGAGGGGUGAAAGCGCGUAUCAUCCAGAGUGACGUCAUGACAACUAACGGAGCUCUCCAGAUUCUUGAUAUGAUGUUGAAUGUUGGAAGUACAACCGUCUAUGACAUCAUCAGCCAGGAUAACAAGCUCAGCACACUGAAGAAGUACUUCGACGACUUUGGCUUCACUGACGUACUGAAAGGAACGGCUGAGAAUAUAACUGUGAUUGGUGCUGAAAAUCUCGCCUUCGUCGAUGCCAGGAAAAAGGAGCCAAAACUCGAUGCUUUGUUGAAAGAUACGACGAACAAGGACCCGAAAUAUAUCAAGGAUAUGAAACAGUUCCUUUCUCUGUUCAUCCUGACGGGGGCGCCCGAAAUCAAGCUCGGAAUGACUACGGCGGACUUGAAAGCUAACAAGGUCAAUCCUAAAGAUAAAGAAAGAACCGUUGGAAUCAAAGGAGAUAUUGCUGCUGUGACAGUUAGCUACAAGGCCCAGACCCUGGACUUGAAGAUGCCACUCAGCAGAAAAGCUAUCAACGGGCAGCUCGUCGUAGCCAAGGAUGUCUUGGUUGAUGUGAAUGACAUAAGGACGGGCCAGGUUCUUGGCGCCGCAACAACCAAGUUACACACAGGAUUGGCUCUGAUUGUUAUGGUGUUUGUGAUGAGGUUUUGGUGGUGAUCAGUUCUGGGUUGAGAUAUUGGGGUGAUUUUUAGAAAAUGUGUAGUUUUACCGAGUAAUGAUUUUGAUAUAGAUGGUACCAUCAGAAAGUGGUGAUUAAGAGCUUUCCAACUUACGGUCAUUUCAAUAGGUUUUCUGAUGGUGCCAUCUAAAAUUGCUGAUCGAGUAGGCCUACUUUCCAACGAAUGGUACAGGUUUUCUAAUGGUUCCAUCAGAUAAUGCUCGCUUUAUGUAUUUUUGGUAGUGAUUCAGAUGCAUUGUGGCAGGGAUAGGUAUGUGGUGUGUGAUUUGGGGGGGGGGGUCUCGGAUACAGAAAGCCAGCUAUGAUUUUAUCAUUUUUAACUGGCAGUGCAAUAUUCAAAACACCCAGUGUUUGUAUUGAUAGUAACUCAGUAGGACCAUACAAGACUAUUUCAUAAUUGAGCAAAGUUAUGACCGCAAACCGAUAUUAGAAGACUACUUACGUAAACAUUUCUCAAAACAUCUUCCUGGAAAAUCAUGCCAUUCAUAAAAGCUCCGUCCACUAUUUCAACAACAUAUCAAUUAGGUCUUCAUCGCCAACAAGCCCCUUUUUUCAUUGCUCUUUGUAAAACAAUUGAUAAAAUUUUACACGGAUAAAUAAAUUGUAAUUUAAAACCUUUUCACAGAAUUUGAAAAGGAUACCCAAACAGUUGGUAGAUUGUAGCUGAUACUUCAAGUCUUGAUUUUCAACUUCAUACAUGUAGGAUUAUAUUCUGUUUAGAGCCUUUCUCACAAAAACGGAAUAUUCAAAAUAAAACUAACCUCAUUCCCUAUCGUCUUUAUCACCAAACUACGUCAGAAUGUCUGUACAUCACUGUACAUAAGGCACAGUAAGAGACGGGUGAGGGCGAGAUUGACAGUGCAUAUAAUUUGCAUAUUUUGUAUAUUACAAACUGUAUAUAAUAGUAAUUAAGAUUAGUACAUUUAAUUGUUAUGAAGAUCAAGUUCGACAGCUGUCAAUUAUAAAAAUAAAGGGUUUUGAUUUAGAGCUAUUGUUUUUCAUCAAAUGUGUAAAUUAGUGUUAUUGUUGACUGACAGCUGUCAGUAACUAGCAACUGAUUCCGUCAACUUAGAGUAUUGAUCAGAUAUAAUGUCCCUCGCCACCACAUCAACCUUUGACUAGUGCCCAACUUGACAUUACACAGUAAGAGAUGUUACUUCUGAUUGAUACUGUAAGUAGUUUUGAUCUUGAUUAUUGAUUGAAUAGUAUUGGUCCUUUCUUUAAUUGACAGCUGUCAGUCAACUUUAAUUGCAACUCAAUUUUGAUCUUUAUAUUUGGUCUAAUUGAGUAUAAAUGUAUGAUUGCAUGUGAUUGAUAUGUAGAUGUAGCUUUUUGUUUUUGUUUAUCGCGCUUAUACGUAUCAUGACUUUAUAGAAGUAUAUGCAAAUUGUUUUAGUGGUUAGCAAUGUAGUAAUGCAAGGAGGAAUGUUGAACUGCGUCGCGCUGAAUGUACAUUACGCAUGCACUGUAUAACAGUCCCGGUAAAAGUCGAGUCGGACUCAAGUGUGACCUAGUUCUGCAUCCCUCGGUAGUCAGGUAGUGAGAGCAGACAUGCGCUAGUGUAUACGAUAUUUAUCACAACUGCACAGCAUGAAAUCUUUUGAAAGAAAUCAAUUUCUAUUUGUUGCACCAUUAAGGAUUGCUGGGGUGUUUGAUCAUUCGAAAGAUAGCACCGUUGACCUUGAAAUGUGUUUAUAGAUUGAAGAGGUUUGAUUCCAAGGUUUAAACUACAUGUAUUCAGCACAAGUCCAGAUGCCAAUACUAUCCGUGGUGUACACUCAUUGUUAAUAAUGAUCUCGACAGGAAAACCACAUCCAUCCAAACAUAAAUAGACAAAAUUCCAUCCAGAAUUAAGCAUUGUUGGUUCACGUUCCAUUCAACGAAGAUGUGUUUUGUUGGAGAUUUCAUCAAAUAAAGAUUAGAUAUUCUGGAUAAGAUUCCAUCCAAUAAAAGUACAUGUUUUGAAUGAGAUUCCAUCCAAAUUACAUGUUUUUGGACGAGAUAUCAUCAGGUAGAUAUAACGCAUUGGCUAACAUUCCAUCCGAAGAAAAUAAAAUGUUGUUGGAUGUAAAACGAUCUUUUGAAGUUGGUGGCGGCGUUUUCAUACAAUCUGCUGAUUAGAUGUUGAAAUUGUUGUGUCCUCGUCAAGUAUUGUAAAUAUGAACUUAAAGGGUCAACUUGAGCGUGUUGGGUUUUCAUAAAAAAUGCUUCCAGCAGGACCGUGAUCUCUCCAAACAGGAUAACUGAAAAGUCCUUUAACUGCAUUAAGCAAUCCACUAUAAUUGGAUAUACUCCUCGGCCUGCCUGACAUUCAUAAGUCGUAUCCAAAACUACCUCGCGACACUGCCGAAAAUCAUUAUAGAGAUCAGCGCAAGUGGCGGCUCGUGGUGGCAAGCAGGGGUACCAUCUUUUGGCCAGGUAAAUUCCACACCAAGUUGUCCCUUUAAAGGGAAACGUCCUCCCAGCAGGUGCAGCUAUGAUUAGUUAAGUCUAGAUAAUGCUUACCCUCGUAAAUAAAAGAGGGCGUGUAUACUUUUAGAGAACCCUAAAUAUCGGACUCUUUAACCCUCGAUCCCAGUUCACCUAAAAAGGCCCACUUGGUUGCGAGAUUGGUGAUAAUUUUUUGUCAAGUCUGAUUUUUAAAUUCAUAAUUUUCCACCCGAGAUUUGGUUUGUAAGUUUUGAAAUAUCUUUAACUCCAGCACCGGAAAUGACAUCACAAUUCUAUUUCCUUUGUACACACCUUACUACUUACUUACUAGAGAUUUCGACUUAUCAAACAUUCCAAAUUUAACUGCGUUUGUAUUUUAUAACGUGUGUGUGUCCAAAUUAGAGCUAGUGUGGCUCUACAUGUGAUGGCACAUGGUGGCAAACAGGGGUAUUACUAUCCUGCCAACCUAAAUAUCAUCCACAUGUUGUCCCUUUAAAACAAAACGAGCCAAACCAGUUGAAAUGACAAAUUUAAUCAUACUUGUAUAUACAUGUAUCUUAAAGGGACUUCAUAGGCAGGAGCUAGAUAUGCAUGAUACAGUUUCACAAAGUCGCCAAUAGGGGGCUCCCAAUUGUUGUUUGGACAACACAAUUUGAUUCUUUUGUCAGAAUAACAUAGAAAAUCCCUCGGCGAAUCUUUUAAGAUAUUAGCAAGAACAUAUGACACUAAGAAUUUGUAAAGCCAGCGCUUGAUCUCACCACCUAGCACGAAGUACCAUGUUCUCAAUCAAGGUGGCGCUGCAACGUUGCGUAACGUUUCACUUGUGGGUUCACUUGUCGAUUUGUUCUCGAUUUUUAUCAGUUUCUAAAAGUUUGUCCAUAAGGUGAUUAUAUCUCAUUGAGCAAUAAAACAUACAUCAUGAUAUAAAAGAAAACAUAAAACACAUUAUUUUGUGCAGACAAUUUUCGCGAUUAUGUUUUACUCGCGAAAAUAUAAUGCCUUGAAAAUGUCGGGUUUCGUCUUAUUUUUAUACACUUCCUGUCGAAUUAGAUGAUUUUCAAAUUAGAACGUAUCAUGAUCUUAACUAA